UCGCGACUUACCUCACCGACAGGGGCUUCUAUGCAAACUGAGCCUAAGCAAAUACAGAUGAACCUCACAGCACAUUCACAAAAAAUGCUGGCAAUUUUGGAUGGCUCCAGAAAACGCUCGAAAUUCACGGGAGCAACACGCGCCUGCACAUGCGGUCUAUUCUUAAUUUUUGUUCCAUAUAUAUUCUGUGUAGUAGCGUAGGGUCAACGCUGGUUGAUGAAUAUCUUCGUGGAAUAAGUAAUUGUGAAUUGCAUUGAAGGAUAUUUUCUAUUGAUUAAGUGAUAAUAUAAUUGUAUUACAGUUUACUUUUGCGCAAUAUUGUUAUCAUAUGAUAUUGAGUUUAUGAGGCAUUACUUUUAAAUAGUGUAUAUCAUAUCCUAUAUAGUCGGCGACUAGAAAUGAGGAAUCCACAUCUACUGAGCGAUGGCUGGAAGACAAUCAAUGCAAAGGAUGCGACUGGGAAUAAAAAGUUUAAACGGAAAGGUCGGGACCCAAAACGUGUCACAAGCGAAGAAGUCAAAAGUUUCCAACAUGAUUCAAGAAUGGACGACGAUUCUAUGGGGGAAUUGAUGGAAGAGACAUGUAGAAACAUUGUCCAAAAAAGCCUGCAGGGCCCUGGUACAGUUCUGUCUGUGGAAAAAUCCAUAGUUCCAUCUGGAAACCCGAAUACUGCUAUUGACAUGAGGAUAAAUGCUUUAUUAUUACCAUCAACAGAUACUGGGAAGCUCCCAUCGUCACAGUCACAGCCUUUAUCCGAGUCAACAUCAACAAGCAGAGACUCUUUUCAGAACACAUUUCCACUGGUUACAAGUUAUGACCGUCAACAAUCAUUUGGGUCUGACCACACAUUACAGUCCCGAAUCGUUCUUUGUCAGCGCUCGGAGAGGUCUCUCUCCUCAGCCUCUCUGGCGUCUUAUAUCAAUACCAGCGACCCGGCAGAAUCGCCAAGGAAACGGCUGGGAGAAACGUCUGGCGUCGUCACUGAGAUCAAAGCCGUUCAGCAGACACGGAGGCUACUGGCGAAUGCCAGGGAGAGGACCCGGGUGCAUACCAUCAGUGCAGCCUUUGAGGCGCUGCGAAAGCAGGUGCCGUGCUACUCCUACGGACAGAAGUUGUCCAAGCUGGCUAUAUUAAGAAUUGCCUGCAAUUACAUCCUGUCACUGGCUCAGCUUGCAGACCUGGAUUACACCCCAGACCAUGGCAACAUGAGCUUCAGAGAGUGCGUGGAGCAGUGCACCCGCACCCUGCAGGCUGAGGGGCGCUCCAAGAAGAGAAAGGAAUAGACGUUCACAGCGUCAGUGGAGUGAGCCAAACCUCUUGACAAGCCCCUUGAACAAAAGGAACUCUUCACACCUCUGUUCUGGAGGUUUGGGUGGCAAGUCCUUAUAGACUACAACCAGGCACUUAUACAUGAUGGACCUAAUAUCAUAGGCCUACUUGAUACCUGUUGAACUUGCAGAUCAAGAAUCUCCAGUUGUGGAUGUAUUUCUGCACGAUCGUGACUUGGAAUUAAUAUCCUUUGGUUGAUAUUUGCAGUUAAAAGUGGGAGACAGCAUAGAAUGUUUUUAUGCAAAGUGUGCUUGGUGGAUGACACCGGAUUGUUCAAUUAUGACAGUUGAAAGCAGGGACUGCAGUGAUAACAUAACAGUGAUUAUAAUAGUUUUAUUCAACUAUAAAUCCCAAUGACCUUAUAAUUAUAAAAGUAUUUUUCUUGAUUGUAUGAUUGGUAAUUCCUGUUCAUGAGCGCUUAUUUAAAGCAUUCAUAACAUAUUGAUUGCUACUUGAAGUAAUACGACAGUAAUAGUAUUUUAUUCAUCCAAUGUUUUUGUCUUGAAUUAUUCUGCGCUACCUGUGCUUAGUUUUUAACAGAUUACCAUUUGUCUUCCAUUUCCCUUUCGUUCAACAAUUCUCAGCUGUGUGCUUACAAAGUACAUUUUAACCAGAAAUAAAGCAAAUGUUAAUAUUUAUUUUA